CGACACGGGAAAAGGUGGGAUUUUACUUCCGGGUUAGGAAAACAGCCACCAAAAUAACUCAAAUUUCCAAAGAAAUGAGAGUGUCUUUGUGCCAAAUGUAAUACAUAGCCAAUAGGUAACUGCGGAAAGCUUAAAAUAACAAGAUACGGGCCCUUUAACAUCGCGGUAAAAUGGAUGAUAGCGUGUCCGUCCCAACGAAAAGAUGCGAUUCUGGCAAUCUAUCCUCUGUAAGCAUGGACACAAUUUCGACACUCACGGAGCUGGACGAUUUGGAGAGAGUUUAUCAGCAAUUCUGCGUGGAAGAGAAAGCAGUGGAGGUUGAACUGGAUCGGCUGAUGGGACAAGAGGGCACGAUUCACACAAAGAUGUUGGCACUCCAGAGGAUGGGGCCCAACCUCCAGUUGAUCGGAGGAGAUGCCAGCCAGCUCUCUGGCAUGAUCACAUUCACCUGCAGCCUAGCAGAGAAUGUCAGCCGCAAAGUCAGACAGCUCGACCUGGCAAAGACGCGGCUGUAUAACGUCAUUCAGCGAGCUGAUGACAUUCUGGAUCUGAAGUUCUGCACGGAUGGCGUUCAAACAGCUCUGCAAAAUGAAGAUUACGAACAGGCCGCUGCCCACAUCCACAGAUACCUUUCUCUGGACCAGUCAGUCAUUGAACUGAGCAGACAGGGAGAAGAAAGCAGCACUGUGGAUGCCAGUCUGCUACUACUGCAAGAGGCUGAGAAAAAACUGAAGGUCAUCGUAGCUGACAAGUUGGAUGAAGCCGUGGCAGCCGUGGACCUGGCACAGGUGGAGAGGUUUUUCAAGAUCUUCCCGCUGCUGGGCCUCCAUGAUCAGGGCCUGGCCCGCUUUGGACAGUAUCUCUGCACUCAGCUUGCCUCCAAAGCCGAAGAGAACCUGCUCUUAGCAACAGGAGGAGAAUUGGGCGAGAAAAGAGCUCCACUCAUAUUUGCUGAGACUCUGACAUUAUUGCUCGAAGGCAUCGCACGUGUGGUUGAGACCCACCAGCCUAUCGUAGAAACGUAUUACGGUCCAGGCCACCUCUACACACUCCUCACCCACCUGCAGCAGGAAUGUGACAAGCAGUGCCAGAAGAUUGUGGACAAGUUCAUGCAGCAAAGAGAAUACCUUGCCAAAUUUCAGAUUGUCCAGAGCAGUAUGAUGAAGAGCGUACCCGGGGAGAGAAUCGAGCCCAGAGAGCUGGACCCCGUAUUGGCAGAAGUCGCCUUGAUGAAUGCGAGGGCGGAACUUUACUUGCGCUUUCUGCGGCGACGGAUAAUGGCCGACUUUGAAGUCGGCGACCAGAGCGUCACAGCAGAACAUCACCAGAAUGUGGAGAAGUUGCUUAAACAUUGCGUGCUGAGCAGGAACAUGCAAGAGCUGAUCGGCUACUACGUUCCAAUGGAGGAGUACUACAUGAGGGAGUCCGUCAACAAGGCUGUUACAAUGGACACAUAUGAGAAAAGUCAGCUGACAUCCAGCAUGGUGGACGAUUGUUUCUACAUCGUGAAGAAGUGCAUCAGUCGAGCCCUGUCCAGCUCCAGCAUCGACUGCCUCUGUGCAAUGAUUAACCACGCCAACUCGGUGCUGGAGUCCGACUUCAGGGAGGUAUUGUACAACAAGCUGAGGCAGGGCUUCCCAGCCACCACGCUGCAGGAUAUCCAGCGCGGCGUCAGCAGUGCCGUCAGCCUCAUGCAGAGCAGCUUGCAGCAGGGCAAGUUCAACACCGAGUUCAACAUUGAGAGUGCGGAAAAUGCCAAGGCUGCUUUUUUGGUGACCCUCAAUAACGCCGAGGUGUGCAGUGAGAACAUUUCAACUUUGAAAAGGAACCUCGAGAAUGACUGCUCCAAGCUGUUCAGUCAAGGGGCGAGUUCUGGCGACCGAGCCAAGAUUGAGAGCUGCUUGUCCGACCUCGUCAACACAUCCACAAAAUUCAAGGACCUUUUGCAGGAGGGUCUGACUGAGCUGAACACGACGGCCAUAAAGCCUCAAGUGAAACCCUGGAUCAGCGGCUUCCUGUCCAUCUCGCACAACAUCGAGGAGGAUGAGUUCAAUGACUAUGAAGCAAACGACCCCUGGGUGCAGCUGCUCAUCAUCAACUUGGAGCAACUGAUGGCUGAGUUCAAGACGAGCCUCUCUCCUGUUAUCUACGACACGCUGACCAGCCUGAUGACCAGCUUGAUAUCCAUCGAGAUGGAGAAGACGGUCCUGAAGUGCUCCUUCAGCAGGCUGGGAGGGCUGCAGUUUGAUAAAGAGCUUCGUUCUCUUGUGGCCUAUCUCACCACCGUCACCACCUGGACCAUUAGGGACAAGUUUGCUCGGCUCACGCAGAUGGCCACUGUCCUCAACCUGGAGCGGGUAACCGAGAUCUUGGACUACUGGGGGCCAAACUCGGGACCCCUGACGUGGCGUUUGACCCCAGCAGAGGUGCGGCAGGUUCUAGCACUGCGCAUUGACUUCCGAAGUGAGGAUAUCAAGAGGCUGCGACUGUGACCCGGCGACCGAUGAGCUUCGAUUUGUCAUACGCUCUGCAAAGACAAUGCAAGUUUACAAAAAAAAAAAAAUCUGUUUAGGCAAAUUUCUUGUUGGACAUUUGCUGCACUCUUGGCUGGUGUUAAGAUGAAGAGCUGUCAACUGGAAGUCAUAUGUAGAAUAUUAGUUGAGUAAAAGUAUCUAAGAUUUUCGAUAAUUAAUGAUCUGUUGUAAAUGUAUUUAAGUAUUGGAAGGGACAACUGUAGACAUUUUGGGCAUCAUUUUUUGGGAUGUAGGAAAUGAAGUGUAGCAACAAAGUAUUUGUAUUCUAUUACAAGAUGGUAUCAUUUGAAAGGCUUGUGCUGAUUGUGACCUACAUGUGACUGAGCUCUCGAGUUAAACAUGAGAAGUCUUAAAUGUGUAAUUAAAAGAUCUAUUAAUGGUG